GAUAGCACCGCUAAAGAAGAGUAGAAACACUAAAAACGCCGGGAAAAAUAAUGAAAAUAAGGGACCACAACAGAUAAAGGUCACGCCAUUGGAACACGCUGUUACAUUAAUGAGACUCUUGAAACCGGCUUGGGUGCACCACGAUGACAAACAGAUAUUCUCAGUCGAUGUGCACCAGGAUUGCCUUAAAUUCGCCACUGGCGGCCAGGGUAAUGACUCGGGGACUGGUCGCGUUGUCAUAUGGAACCUGUUGCCAGUGCUGUCGGAGAAGGAAGAAAACGAUGUAAAUGUGCCAAAGAUGCUGUGUCAGAUGGAUCAGCACUUAGGGUGUGUUAAUUGUGUGCGGUGGUCCCAGGACGGAAAGCUUCUGGCCUCUGGCUCGGAUGACAAGCUCAUUAUGAUAUGGCGGAAAUCGCAGGGUCCCAGCGGGGUGUUUGGAAACGGCGGCAUGAAGAAGAAUCCCGAAACUUGGAAGUGCUACUACACACUGCGUGGCCACGCGGGGGAUGUCCUCGACUUAGCAUGGUCGCCGGGAGAUCGUUAUCUGGCCAGUUGCAGCGUGGACAACACUGUCAUAGUUUGGGAAGCACAUGCAUUUCCGCGUAUUUUGACGGUUCUUAAGGGCCACACCGGUCUAGUGAAAGGCGUGUCCUGGGAUCCGGUGGGCAAAUUUCUCGCCUCACAGUCAGACGAUCGUAGCAUUAAGAUAUGGAACACUACGGAAUGGACGUGUAGUGCAACAAUUACUGAACCCUUUGAGGAGUGCGGCGGCACAACUCAUAUCUUGCGUCUGUCUUGGUCACCGGAUGGACUCUACCUGGUGUCGGCGCAUGCAAUGAACGGCGGUGGCCCUACCGCUCAGAUUAUCGAGCGCGAGGGCUGGAAGUGCGACAAUGAUUUCGUCGGCCAUCGCAAGGCGGUAACUUGUGUUCGUUUCCUCAACUCGAUUCUUAAGCGACAAUCUACCGAGGGUAGCGGCGGUAGUCCCAGCAAGAUGGUCCAAUGUUGCUGUUUGGCCGUGGGCUCACGCGAUCGCUCGCUGUCUGUAUGGAUGACAGCGCUGAAACGGCCUCUGAUUGUCAUCCACGAACUGUUUAACGACAGCGUACUAGAUCUGUCCUGGGGCCUCAGGGAGUGCCUGUUGAUGGCAUGCAGUGGCGAUGGCAGUAUCGCCUGCUUGCAGUUUGCUGACAACGAGCUGGGCACGCCGUUGUCCGAGGACGACAAGAAUGCGAUGUUUCAGCGCGAGUAUGGCAAAGCGCUGGGCAACGGCAUCUUGAGCAGCGCUAGUGUGAAUUCUAUUGUGGAGCAUCCCGAUCUGUUAGGCUUCCAACAGGAUCGAGUGUGUGCACCCACGCUCGGUCUGCCUCCAGCGUCUAGCUUUCCAGCACCCAAUGGUUCAAUGGAGCGACGGACGGGAGUCAUACAGACGCCCGCGCAUGGUUCACCAGCAAAGGCCAUUAGUAAGCAAACGGAGACGCGGACAAAGGAUGGAAAACGUCGCAUAACGCCCAUGUUUAUACCAUUGCAUGAGCAGACAGCAACGACGUUGACCACAGCCCUACCUACAGAGAGCGAACAAGUGGUUAGCGUGGAGGUGCCAGCGGCGACGCCAUCGACGGUGCCCGAACCCCGUCUUAGUAAACAGGACGAGGGACGUCUGGACUCGCGCUUAAAGAUGUUGCCGCCCUCUCAGCGCCGACAUCCCAUUCCAUUCGAUCCUGCGAACCUCGAGAACUUCCCGCGCCAACUGAACAAUAAUCCUGUACGCACACCCACCGAUCAUCAGGGCUCCACCAUCGGUCCGAAGCUCAACAUCACGAGCAGCAGCAAGUGUGAGUUCGUCAAGGCAGCUCUGGACCAUCGCAUUCACGUGCAGAAUGGGCAUCUGAAGACCACCUACGGUCUGGUCGCCAAAGUGAGCGCUUUUACGCUGCGGGAACGGCUGUGGGAGACUUACGUUGGCUCGCCUGUUGUGAAUGUGAAUUUGUGUAGCAAGUAUGUAAUGCUGUGCUCCCUAGAUGGCAGCAUGCGCCUGGUGUCCAUGGAGACGGGAUGUGCCGUAUUUCCGGCCAUUUCACUUACCACCACUGCCGUGCAUUGUGCUUUUAGUCCCGAUAACAGUUUGGUGGGCGUGCUCACUGAAUGUGGCAUGCUACGCAUCUGGAACAUUGCUCGCUGUUGCGUCACCCUUGCCACCAACUGCAACGAACUGCUGCUCAAGUAUGGGACAGCCGUUCAGUUCGCCAUUACGGACAAGGGCAAACCGCUUAUUGGAUUUCCCAAUGGCAAUUCGUAUUCCUAUUCGCAGAACUUGCAGUCUUGGUUAAUACUCAGCAACAGGGAUGCUAUCAUGUUCAAUGGUGUGCGAGCGACACUGCCUCGUGAUGUGGAGCGUGUCACGCGGGACUUUCCGCUCCUCAGCAUGCAGGUCAAUACGCAGAACUUUAUCAGCCUGGGUAAUGCCCUUGAAAUAAACACCGAGGACUGGCAGCAAAGCGCGAAGAUAAUUUUCAUUGAGAAUCAAAUCAAGCUGUGCGAAGCUCUGGAAUCGUUGGAGGAACUGAAACAUUGGUACAUGAUGAUGGUGUUCCAUCUGGCCAGCUACGGUCAAGAGAAACGUUUGCGCAUCUUCCUGGAUGAGUUGCUCCAUGGCCCGGAAACUGUAUCGAUGCAGCUCAUACCCAGGGACGACUUAAUGCAGAGUGUCCUGGACACCCUAAAGCCACAUUUGCGCUGGCAGCGUCUUUACGUUGAGUACGUGGACCUUUUUAAAUUUUGCCGCAACGAACGGAACGAACUACUUUCCAGCAGGCCCGUAUCGCCGCCUAGCCCUCCAAUCUUCCCAGUGCCGAUUUUAACGACGACAACGACAACAUCAGCAAUAACGACCACGUCGCCCACACCGUCAGCCACAACAACAACAGAUGCAGCAGCAACCACUACAUCAACAACGACAACAACUACGGCAGCAGCAGCCACACCAGCCGUUGAAGUGGACGCCACCUGAGGCGUAAAAACCUACAUCCAUUACCCAUUAUUACCCAUUCAACGGGGGACCUUUUUCCCUCAGUUCCUUUUGUUUUCUCUUAAGCUUUAAGCGUACACAUUUUUAUACAAAUAUACACCAUUUUUAUUAUGCGUCUCAUUUAGAUAUUUAUGCAUAUACUCUCAUUUGUAAGCUAUACAAUUGGCGGUUAGGGCGUUCACAUCGCAAUACCUCUGCAUCAAAAUCGUGUUUUUUCGUCCUCUAGAUCGAUAUCGUUUAAAUCUAUACAAUUUAUUGCUUCUCUGUUUUUGUAAAUUUAAGGCAAUUUCAAUAGUAAAUACUGAAAUAAAAGCUCAAACUGAAUUAUUUUCAAUUGA